UCAAUAGAGUGGACAUAUUGUUGGCUUAGAUAUUCGUGUUUUAUUCGUAUUUAGUGAGAUGUAAUUUGUUAUAAUGUCUCUACCUGCCAUCGUUCCUGCUUCAGAAGAACAGCUAGAUCAGUUAAACGUCAAGAAGCCAGUGAAAUCUCAUCAUGGUAGUGCAAACCAUAGUAUGUAUUCAAAGAAGACGGCCACUAAAGCAAAUCGUGCUACCAAGAAAAAAAGUGAAGCAGAAGCCAAGGCAGCCAAAGAAAGGGAGGAGAGACUUGUAAAACUAUAUGACCUUUGGUUACAAGUGAAGCAGGAUGAAAGAGAAGAAAAGAACCAGUAUUUCAAAGAACGGUUGAACAUACAGCAUGAGCUUAUUCAAAGGCAAGAUCUACUUUCCAAGAAAAGACAAUCCAAACUAAACGCCAAACUCCACAAGCUUUUCUUUGUACGAAACAAAUCAGGAGGGAUCGGUGCCCACCAGCUGUGGAGCAUAUUGAGAGGAAAAUCACGAAAGAAGCUUGAAAAAGAAGAUGGGAAAAUUCCUCAAUCAAUUAAGAACGCAUACCGAUCAUUCCUUAGAGAAUGCUUACAUGCUGAUGUACCUGUGGUUGAGCGGAGCUUUUGCAAGAAUGGUGAUCAGAUUCCAGAGUCAAAGAUAAGCGAGAGUCAUUUAAUCAAAGAUAUUAACUUUUCACGUCAUCGUCUGGACCUCAUGUUUCGUGUUGCCCACAUGAAUAAAGAUAAGACGCGCCUGUUGUUCAACCAUAUGGAGUCAGCGGAUCCAAAGGAAGGAAGUGUGAGACCACCGAGGUACAAUCCAGAUCAGAUCAAAGAACCAAAGGUGGAGCUGCUCCCUCUUUCUUCUGGUAGAACAAAAUCGCUCGUAGCUGAAGCAAACGAUAAAGGUGAGGUGACCACAAGAGAAGARAGCAAAGACCAACCACUCUUACUUGGUUUGGACAAAAUUUCUUUCCUGACUGAGAAGAUGGCUGAAUGUAAAGGCGAGUUUAGUAARCGUCAUAAAGUAGCUGGCUUUGCUAAUGAUAGUACUACAGAAAACGGCAAGGACUCCAAGAAACAAUAUUCGCUACGAGGGACUUUGUCUGCACCCAUCAGCUCUCAAGGACAAAGAAAGAUUGAUAUAGUUAAAUCAUGGCAGCCAUUGAGCGUGGAUGCACUGCUUGAAUACAAGACGCGUGUGGAUCUUGUUGGAACUGAAGACUUUAUGCAAGGACAGCCGAGAACAUGGAAAUUGAAGGAAGCGAUUGUACAAGAAACUGGAUAGGAUUGUUAUCAUUUUACAUGUUUAACCAUAGUUAAUUCUUCGUUUGCACGUUACGUCAUCGCGGCCAUGUUGGUACCAUUUAACAAAAGAUUUCUCAUUAGCAUCCAUUGUUAACGGUACCACAAUGGCCGCCAUGUUUUUGUCUUUUAACUCUUUUGGGAAUGCUUGCAACCCAUCAAUAGAGGGGAAUGGCUAGCAAACCCUUUUGUUAUAAGUCUUUGUUCACUUUUUUUCAAGCGUGACCGUGCACAAUCCUUUGUUUUACCAUUGUUUUACUAUUGUUGGCAAUGGCUGAGUGAACAGACCAAAAUCUUUCUUUUAGCUGCUAGUUCAAA